AUGGCGCACAAGUUGGUCACCCUGUUCGCCAUGACGGCCGGGAGCGCCAACGCGACCCAGUUUCCCAUGAUGGUCGUCGCCUACGGGGGAGUGCCUUUCCUGCUGGCCUACUUUGCUUUCCUGGGCUUCGUGGCGUUUCCCGCCAUGCGCCUGGAAAGCAACCUGGCCCAAUUCGCCGGAGACGGAAACAGGGGCAUCUUCAGCACAGUUCCUCUGUUCUUCGGCAUAGGCUACACAAUAACGGCGUUCGUCGUGUCUCAUGCGGUGGCCGACACCAUGGCGCUGUCAGACGCCCUGGCAUUGCUCAUGACCUGGACUAGGUCGUUCGACUGGCACCACGACUGCCCCGGAGGGUGGAUGACACGCAACUUCUCUUGCUACGCAAUUCUACGCGGAUCGACACCGUGCAAGCUGGCGAGGGAUGAGCUCACUGACACCUUCGGCCAAGGCAUGUCGACUGAGGGCCUCCCAGUAGCUAGCGGGAACCGAGUGCUUCUUGUGCCUUCCAGACACUACAAGGCUGAGGCGGACGGUUGCAUUCCGGACUUGCCUGACACAGCAGCGCCAUAUCACUUCCGUCGGCAGGCGAUCUGGGAGCAGGGGGCGUUCGACCUAUUCCGGACAGAGCCGGUGUUUGCCAUCGCCGUCAUCUGGCUGCUGGUGUUCGCGAUCGCUCACAGAGGAUUCCUGAAGCUCAAGACAUUCUUCUACGCCAUCAUUCUCCUGCACGUUGUUACUACGCUGAUGCUCCUGGGAAGGGCCUCCACGUUGACCGGCGCCACCAGUGGGCUCCGGCUGUUCCUGCGAACCAACUGGACAUCCGUCAGCAAUCUGGAGAUGUGGUCAAACGCCUUGUACGUGUCACUGGAGAGUGUCGGGGUGACGGGGACCAUCUACCUAAGCAUCGAGCGACUCAACUGCUUCAAGAACAGAUUCCAAGAGGACGUGAUGUUCGUGCUUGUUGCGGACACGGCUAGCAAGGGCAUUGGCACUAUCGUCUCCUUCCUCUUCCUGGGACACCUGUCGUACGCCACGGGCAUCAACAUCCACAUGCUCAUCCGCACAGAUUUCAACUUCAUCGUGAGCAUCCUGCCUCAAGCUGUGAGUAUGGUGCCAUUCCCGGAAUUAUGGAGCCGCAUCCACUCCCUCUGGGUGGUUUCCAUGAUGCUACCCAAGUUCGUGGCCUAA